AUGGAGGUUUCUAUAAAGUCAUCCUUGGAAAAAUAUAAUAACCAACAGCAAAGAAAACAAAGUAUUGGAAAUAAUGUAAAUAAUAAUAAUAAUAAUAAUAGUAAUAGUAAUAAUAAAGAAGAAUAUAAUAACCAAAUAAAUGAUUCCGAUAUAAUAACGGAAUAUCAACCAAAAAUAAUAAACAGAGGAUUUAAUAUUGAUGGAGAUUCUUCUAUAGACCACAUAAAUCCCAACAGUAAUGAAAAAAUUAAUAAUAACACUUGUUUUAAUAAUAGUAAUAAUAAUAAUAAUUUAAAUAAAAGGAAUUCGAAUGAAUUUAAACCUUAUUCAAUUGAUAAAGAUGAAGCAAAAAAUAUAUUAUCAAACCAAAUUGAACAAAGAGAAAGAGAAAUUAAAAGACAAACAAAGUUAGCUGAGAAAGAUAAAAAAGAUUCUUUAGUUUAUGUGAAUUAUAUAAAGGAAUAUAGAGAGCAAUUAGAUGGAUACAUAAAGGACUUUUAUGAGGAUGUAGAUGAAGAAUAUAUAAAUGGAAUAAGUAGAGCACCAUCAACACCCUCUACACCUUCAAAUUCUAUUACCACCACCACCACCACAAAUACUACAACAAACACUGCAACAUCUACACCAACAACAUCACCUAUACCAUCACCACCAUCUAAUGAUAAUUUAUUAAUUGAAAAGGAUAUACAUAAGAGAAGAAGUUAUAUUUUAGAGAGAUCAUCUGCCUUAUCAAAUAUAGAAGGUACUUCAAUUCAAUCACCAUUUCAACCAUUUUCACCAAUAACAUUUUUAAAUCAAUCACCACAAUCUACUGUAUCUGACACUGUUUUAGGUAAAUCACCACCCUUAACUUCAUUAUCUUUUUGGGAUUCACCAAUUCAAAAAAGCACACCACUUUCUGGUGGUGUUAAUAAUAAUAGUAACAGUGGUACACCUAAUAUAAAUGGAACUAAUAAUAUACCUCCAACAAUUUCUCCAAUAAUGGAACAUGAGCAACAAUCUACUCAACAUCCAGAACAAUUUCAUAAAAAUCAACAACAAAAACAACAUUCUGAAUUAUCACCUUCUGCCAUACCGACUAUACCAUUGGUUGCACAACAACCAAUUGAAAUAAAUGUACAACCAACAACGACAACAACGACAACAACAACAACAAACACAACAACAAAUAAUAAUGAUAGUAAUGAUAAUAAUAGUAAUAAUGAUAAUAAUAAUAAAAAUAAUAAUAAAGAUGAAAAAGAAACUGUUUCAUUAUUAGUUAGCUCUUAUCAAAAUAAAGAUAGUGAAUUAGAAAGAGUUUUUAAUAGAGCAAAUGCAGAAUCAGCAAGAUCAAAACUAUUGAAAUCUAAAUUUGAAGAAUUAUCACAAUUGGUUCAUUCUGAAAGAAGUUUUUGGACAUCAAUUGUUGAGAAGAGAAGAAAAGAAGUGGAUCACAAAGAGAAAGAAAUCAAUAGACUAUUGAUGGUUGCAGAGAAUCAAAAAAAGAAAUUGAUGGAUUGUACAGAUCAAAUUACAAAAUUAAAGAAAUCUUUAAAUUCAAUCUGUCAAAUUAGAGAGAAUUCAGUUGUUGAUAUUAAAAAAAUUAAUGAUAGAUUUUCAUUUGAAUCAUUGAGUAAUUCACCUGGUCCAACUAGUAGUUCUUCUUCAUCCUCCUCUUCAUCUAUUGGUAGUCAUGGAGCAAAUCAACAACCUAGUAGUAGCCAUCAUCACCAUCAUCAUAAUCACCAUCAUCAUCAUCAUCAUCCUCAUGGUAGUCAUCAUUAUUCAAAAUCAAUUUCACCAAAUAAAUUAUUUUCACCUCAACAAUUUCAUUCACCAAAAAAUUCUUGUAAUAAUAAUAAUAAUAAUAUAAAUGUUUAUAAUACUGAAGAAAAGAAAGAGUUGGUAAAUUUAUUAUCAUUAUCAGAGAAAAAAGAUGACGAAAUUAGAAGAAUUAAAGAUAUUAUAGAAUAUGAUACAUUUAAAACCGUUUUUUUCUCCAAUAAAGUAAAUGAACUAAAAUUGUUAUUAGAGGAAGAGGGUAGACAAGUAGAUAGUCUCCAAAAUCAAUCAAUGUUGGAAAUAAAGGAAAAAGAUGAUGCAAUUUUUAGAGUUGCUUUAAGAGCUCAAAAAGAAAGAUUAAAAUCAAAUCAAUUAAAAGAUGAAAUUAAAAGAUUAUCAAGAGCACUUUAUCAAGAUACAAUUAAAAAUAAAUCGAAUAAUAAUAAUAAUAACAAUACGAAUAGUAGUAAUACCUCCACCACAACCACCACUAUCAAUAAUAGUAGUAAUAGUGCUAAUAGUAGUAAUAAUAAUAAUAAUAAUAAUAAUAACAACAAUAAUAAUAAUAAUAAUAAUAAUAAUAAUAAUAAUAAUAAUUCUAGUGUUAACAAUAAUAUGAUUAAUAAAAAUAUUAAAUCACCAGAAUUAGAACCAGUAUUUAUGGAGAUGGGGGAUCUAAAACAAUUCCAAGACCUUUCAUUAAAUCAAUAUUGUGAUGAGAAUAUAUUAUCAACCUAUAUACUUGGAAAUGCUUGUCCACGAAUGACUCCUCCCCACCAAGGCCAUAAUCGUAAUAAUAGCCAACAACAACUCUACCCAAUUUCUGCAAAUCCACAACAACAACCAUUGAUUCCUCCAACAAUCCUAUCACAAUCUCCUCAAAAAUAUACACCAACAAAUCACCAUCAUCACCAUCAUUUAAACCCUUGUUUAUCACCAAGAUAUAGUUAUAAUACUUUAUCUCCAACUCAACAACCAAUUAAUACAAGUGUUAAUAAUAAUAACAAUAUAAUACAACAAAGAUCAAAUUCAAUUUCUUCUUCAAUUAAUAUACCAUCAUCAAUUAGAAGAUCAUUUAGUCAUGAUAAUAUAAAUGGUAAUGGUAAUGGUAAUAAUGUUGGAAAUGUGAAUGGAUCGUCAUCUUCUUUAUCAAAUACUACAUCAGCCUUUAGUCCAAAUGUUGUAUCAAAUAGUUAUGGAAGUAAUGGUAGCAGUGGUUGUAAUAGCAUUAGUAGUAUGAGUAGUAUGAUGAUGAUGAUGAGUGGUGGUAACCAACAAUUUUUAAUUGGUUCACCCUCUGAAAUGAUAAUGCAUAAACUAAAAGAGAUUGAAAGAUUAAAUAAAGAAGCAAUUCAAAAAGAUCAAGAAUUGAAUCAAGUUAAAAAGAUUGCUGAGGCUGAAAGAUCAAGAUUAUGUCUUUUGAAGGAUAAAUAUAAAGAAGUUCGAAAUGAAUUGAUUGAAAAAGAAUUAGUAAAAUAA